AUGUCCAGCUCGCACUCGUCUGGGUCGUCCAGCGGGCGGCUCUCGGGGGCGUCGCCCCAUCCGCCGCCCAUGCUUGGCGCCUCCCUAACCCCCAAGAGCCUCCUCAAACGAUGCAAGCUACCCACUGCGGCUCACCUCCACACGCCCGCCGCGCCCACGGGCCUGGACCUCUCACGCCCACUCCUGCUCUACCAGAACUACACGUCAACCAAGGUCCGCGGCGUGUCCCUCCGGCCGGGUCACGACGGCGCCCUCACCCCCGUCGGCCCGGCCAUCGUCAUCCCAGACUCCUACACAGGCUGGUUCGCCAUCGUGACGAGCGAGGGCCACACAGCGCCCUUCUUCUCGUCGGUGGAGCAGGUCGCCACCAGCAAGGUCUCCUUCUUCCUCACCAGAUACGACGUGCCCGCCUACACCAACCUCAAGGAUGAAAACGGGCGCAUGACGUACCAGAAAACGGCGGUCCAAAGCGGCCACGUGCUAAAGCUGCUGGGCAUCUUCGAGGACCUCAAUGCCCGGAGAACCAACAGCUCAGGACGAGGGCGCGAUGCCGGCCCCGUCUAUGUGUGUGAUAAAUAUGCACAGUGCCUCAACUAUAGAAACGAGGUGGUGUUCCUUCCGUUCUCGGCGUCGGGGCGCUUCUACACGACGGCGCACAAGACGAGCAAGAACCCCAACCACGUGUACCUAAUGGCACACAUCCUCAAGAACCACAAGCUGCCCCUCACCGUCAGGCUCGUGUGCGGCUACAUGCCCCGCGUCCCGUGCAACUUCACCGGAGUGCUGCGACUGGAGGAGGCGGAGAAGGAGGCUGUGAUCCUCGCGUGCACGAUGACCAACGAGGCUCGAGCGACCCUGUUCGAGAUCGACGUGGCGUCCAACUUCGUCCUGACGCCCGUGAAGGACCCGCUGUUCCCCAAGUCGCCCAUCUUCCUCAAGACCGUCUCCUACUGCGACGACGAGGCUGAGCCGUGGCGGCGACAGAUCAAGGUCACGCAUCACGUGACCGAGAAGAGGUCGCGGUCCCUGAGCCGCUCGCUGAGCGACAAGUUCGUGGAGCAGCCGCGGCCGGCCGGCUUCGCCUUCCUGGCCGACGUCGAGAAGAGGAAGAACCGCGGCCGAGAGAAGUCGCGGGACCGCCUGGCCGUCCGCCUCGGCGAGAGGGCGCGCGACAAGAGCAGGGACAACAUCCUUCGGAGCCGCAGCAAGGAGACGCUGCUCGACCACAGCCCCAGCAAGAUCAACUGCAAGGGCCAAGAUCAGAGGAAGCUGUCCAAGCAGAACACGUACAUCUUCCAGAACGGACGCAGCCCGCGGACGCAGCAGAAGAAGCAGGAGGCCGACGCCGUCCGCAGACUCAACCGAUCUAUCGAGAACCUGGACUACUCGAGGGUCGCGGACGACAUCAGCCCCGUGCACGAGGCGGAGGAGGACGAGGACGAGGAGGCGCACUACACCGAGAUCUGCGAGUACAUCCUCAACAGGAAGUCCCCGCUGAAGAACGAGAGGCCGGGGCGCCAGCGGUCCGCCGACAAAGAGAACGGGACUCGCAGGGCAACAGGGCGCGGCCCGGAGAACAACCUGAGCUUCACUCUUCUCAAGAAAGACAUCGGAGGAUACUACGUCAAGAUCCCGGGCUUCGAGGUGCCGAAGGAGGAGCUGGACCAAGGGUUCUCGCCGGAGCCCAGCAAAGGAAGCGACUCGCUGUGCUGAUCACCAAGGAGGCUGAUGCUUCUGUUGGCGGGGACGUCAGGUGUGCUACGGGAAAUUCCUUAUCAGAGCACGAGUUGUGUGAACCAAGGACAGAUAGCCAAAUGAUGGCAACGAGAUGGAAAAAAUAACUUAUUCAGAGACAACACUGAGUAAUAGGUGACUCGAAAAGUGGUAAAUAUAUAUAUAUAUAUAUAUAUAUAUAUAUAUAUAUAUAUAUAUAUAUAUAUAUAUAUAUCUGUGUGUGUGUGUGUACACCGAAUCGUGCAAUUUAGCGAUGAAAAAGUGAUAAUGUUGGAUUCCAAGAGUCCUUAGUGGCAGGAACUUUCGAGUGUGAAAACUAUAUUUUUUCCUCAAUGGUGCUCACAACACUCAGUCUAACUCCGACUUACUGGCAAAUAAAUCAGUGGUAGUCGAAUCUUUCACGGCUGCCAGAGGGUCGUUAUUUUCGCCCCUUAGUUCGGUACAACGGUUGAAAGUAUUACUGUAUUUCUAUAAAGGCAUCAAGACAUGGAAGAGCGGCGUGCUUUGUUUGUGAAAUGUGGAAGGAUAUCUGACUGAUACUAGUAGUAUUUUUUCCAAUAAAAAUAAUCAUGAAACAUUUCGAAAACUGUGUAUGAUUGCGAAAUUCGUCUAGUCACUGGUAUUGUUUUUGUUAACCUUUUCGUUAUUUCUGGCUUAAAUUUGCUAGCAAAAAUACUAGCAAAAUACGUUCAUAAAUUGAAGCUGCUGAAAAAGUAGAUUAGUACCUGCUAUCAUUCCCAUGAUACCCAGCAUGAAUCACAUGCAAAACGUGGGUUCAGUGUAUUCUAAAGAGAAGCAUCUAAAGUAUUGGGGAAGGUACUUUUAUGGUUAUGUUGUAUGAUAAUCAGUAUGUUUAUUGGCAUCGCUUGCUGAUAUACGGAAAAUAUAUUUUUUUUCUCAUUGUGAAUGCCAAUUGACUGAAGAUGACUUGCCAGUGUAUUUUAUAUUGAGAAACUGGCGUAUUAAAGCUUAUGUUUGAUCUUGUAUGUGUACGAAUGUUACGGUGAAAGUCCGAUGUUUUUAAUAACACGACGCUGUUAUACAGCUUGUAUUUGAUGCCCAAGAGUAUAAUUCUUGGGCCGUAUAACUGACUGAUAACUUUUUGUACAGUAUUACUCAUAUAUAUGAGGAGCAUGUAUUUUGUGUACUUUUAUAUACAUAAAGACUGUCACAUAAUGCAGGAUUCCAGUCGUGUACAGCAAUAUACCAAUUGUGUACUUUCCAAUAAUUAUAAACGUGAAUAAAUUCACAUUUCUUUAAAAUUGCAUUUAAUAAAUAAAAAGCUGGGAGAAGACGUCAAGUUCAAAUGACAUUUCUUAGAAUAUUUGAAACUCACUGUGUUAAUUCUGUUAAAAUUUGGUAUGAAACAUAUUGUAAAAUUAAUACAUAUCAGUGUUUAAAUUAAAUUCUCUUUAAAAAUA